GGCGAAUUGAGAGCGUUGUGCUGCAGUCUGGGCAGUCUACAUUGCACCCCUUGAGUUUUUGGUUCGUCGUUGGCUUCGUCCUCUCUGCUUUCCUCACCCCAACUUCAGCCUUCCCGCAGUGCAGAGCGGCCCAAAGCGGCUCGCAUCUCAGCUGCAGCGACCCAAUUAAGGAUGCCGCCCGACCAGAGCCAUGACGAUGCCAUCGUCAGCCCCAGGCGACCCCGCCGCAAAGUGGACGUCUUCAGCCGCCUCACUGGCGAUACGGAUGAGGACACCCACAGGGAUGUGGUGACGGUGUACAGCAAGGACUGGCACCGGGAGAUGUCACGGCACGAGGCUAGCACCACGCGCUCGUCCAGGAAGACCGCAUCACCCGCUGCCAGCCCUCGCAGGUGAGACACACAAGGUGUCGCUCCCACUCACACAUAGACAGCCCCAUGACAUGAUCCACAUUUAUUUCUCUUCACUCACCCGUCACACUGCUAUCUCUCUCUCCCGAUCUCUGUCUGUUCUUUCCGUCUCUCUGUCUGUCCAAUAGUGCUGCCUCCGGCAUGCCCCACACGGCCACAGCGUCCCCCACACAUCGCGACGAGGUCCACGAAGUCCCACAACAUCAGCCGGAUCAAACACCGUUUUCAGCCAGGCCCCCAUCGCAGGGCACCGGAGUGUCGAGGGAGUCCCGUGACGCCGCCCACAAGCUGCGUAAGAUGGAGACCUUGCGCAAAAUAGAGGAAUUGCGUGAGACCGACCACCAGAAGAUUCUGAGCGACAUCGACAGGCGAAAGCAGAGGGAGGCGCGGGCUUUUGAGGAGAGCAUGAAGGCACUCAGCCGGAGGACACCGGCCACGGUGGAGGUGGGGAGGUUGCUGCGGCUGCACCGGGAGCACAUCCACAAGAAACGGUCAGCCAGUCGGUCACAUGAGACGGACAGACAAUGACGAGUGCAUUCUGUGUGGACAGAGUGUCCCUGACGGAGGACUGGAACAGGAGUGUCCUCAAUCCCUUGCAGGAAUACAUCCAGCAGACGCUCACAGAGCCCCCCCCUCUCCCUGCUGUCAUGCAAGCGGGGCCAGCCACUGAGCGCUCCCUCGAGUGGCGGAGGCGGCAGCGGGCAUCCUCCCCCGCAUCAGCACGGUACACACAACCGCAAUGAUGGAUGGUGAGUUCUGUCUGUUGACUGCUGGUGUGUUUGUUCUGUGUUCAGUGAGCUGGCGGCUUCAUCAGACGAAGAGCUCUUCCGUCGCACGUAUGACUCGUUCUUCUCGCCAAGGCAGCGGGAGAUGGCGUACAGGUCGCAGUUUGCCCGUCGAUUGCCGGCCAGAGAAUCCCAAGCGUGGAAGGCCACACCAUCAGGCCGUGAGUGCCGUCCCACAAUGCCCCCUGAGUCGUGGGGCGAGCUCAUCCUUCUGGUAGGUAUACAACCAGCUGUAUACAUGAUCGUUCUGUGUGUACUCCUCCAUCUGUCUGACUGUCAGGCGUCUCCCUUCAACCACACGCGGGAUGGCGGGCCGCCUCUUGUCGGGAGGGGGAGGAAUAUUGGCGAGCCCAGCGACCAUGACCUUCUCGUGGAAGGCAUGACACCGCGGGAGCCAGCGGGGCUCAGAAAAGGCGGCGACAGGGGCAUUCUCAAGCAGGGAGGUAUGCACGCGCAUAUGACCAAUUGCAGUGCACCCACACAUCAUGACAUCAUGUCGUUUACCAACACCUAUGUAUGUCUUUGUGCCUCGGUGUCUCUCAUCAGGCAAGUUGGCUCUUCAGGGGGAGGCAAGGAUGCAUCUGACUGAGUAUGGCGGCUCCUCGGCCGCUCCCCUGCAGGACCACUACCACUACAGCAUAGGCAGGGACGUCACUGACAGGGAGUUCUCAAAGGGCAAGCGCAUCCUGCCUCCGCCAUGCAUCCGAGUGCUCAACCGGAAAAAGGCACGCGAGAUGCCAAAAACCUUUGCGGCGGGCGAAGAGAGGACGGGGGGAGAGGAGAAGGGGAAUGGAAUAGAGUAGACAAUUAGGCAGAAAGAGAG